AUGUCUGGUGGUGAUUUCCCCCCAGAGAUCGAGUCUCUGUUCGGAAAGCGUUACACGUAUAACAAAGACCCAACAUGGCUUUUGCCGAGCCCGUCAGAGGUCCUGACUUCUGAACACGAGGAAUUCCCUCACCUCCUGUCCCUGAAGGAGUCUCUGAACAACGUGAAGAACUUGCUGAGUGACAAGAAGCUGGAUGAAUGGCACCGGCACACCUCCUACACCAACAAGGCAGGGCGGGUGGUCCCCGAGGUGCGCAAACAAGCCAACGCUGAGCUGUGCACUCAGGCUUGGUGUAAAUUUCAUGAGAUUGUGUCAACCUAUCCGCUGAUCCCCAACAGCGCCCUCUGGGACAGCGAGCUAAACAGCGUGCAUCUGUGCGAGGCGCCGGGGGCUUUCAUAGCUAGCCUGAACCACUACGUGAAGACCCAAGAGCUGCACUGUGACUGGACCUGGGUUGCCAACACGCUGAACCCAUAUCACGAGGCCAACGAUGGUAUGGUGAUGAUUGCAGAUGACCGACUCAUUGCCAACACUCUGCCGUGGUGGUAUUUUGGGCCAGACAAUACUGGAGAUAUCAUGACGCUGAAGUACCUGAACGGCCUACAGCAGUUUCUCAGAAACAUGUCUACUGUGCACCUCAUCACAGCUGAUGGAAGCUUUGACUGCCAGGGGAACCCUGGAGAGCAGGAGAGCCUAGUCUACCCUCUACACUACUGUGAGGUGGUGACCUGUCUGAACACUCUGGGCCCCGGGGGGUCUUUUGUCCUGAAGAUGUUCACUCUCCUCCAGCAUUCAUCUGUUAAUCUCAUGUAUCUCCUGAAUUGCUGCUUCCAGGAGGUUCACAUCAUCAAACCAGGGACCAGUAAGGCUGGGAACUCUGAGGUCUAUGUGGUCUGCCUAAGCUACAUUGGCAAAGAAACAUUUCAGGAGCUCCUGACCAAAAUGACGGCCCACUUUGAGGAAGAGAUAGGCAGCAAAGCUCUGUUUCCACAUAAGAGCCUUCCGACAUCCUUCCUGGAGUCUCAUUCUAAAUGCUGCACUUUCUUCUACCAGCAUCAGACAAAAACCAUCUUGGAGAACCUUCAUCUCUUCUUACAAAUGGGGGAGAAGGAGCAGGCCCAUCUGGACUGUUUACGAGAGACUGCGGUCAUGUACUACCUGCAGAGCUUUCAGAUAAAGUACAUUCCUCGAAAGCAGUGGCUGGUGAGGAAGCCGCAGGUGGGCUGCAGCCUGAAUGCUCGCUGGCUGGGGACCAGAAAUCGCCGCACAGACACUUACAACGAGAGGAAGCAGCUGGAAACUUUGACGUGGCAUGAAAAGGUCGCUCGUGGCUACUUUAGUUCCUGGUUGGAGGACCAUAUACAAGGUGUAACCAGCAAUGGCUGCCUUCUGGAAGGUUCCAGGUCUGGACUGCGAUAUGAGGAGUGGUACUUACUCCAGGGCCAGCGGCUCACUAGGAUCCAGAGCUCCCCAUUUUGUGAUAGCGAACUUCUAAAUACCUUCAAUGAAACCAUUGAGAGUUGUCAUGGAGAUGAGGCUGGGUCUCUGCCGGGGUGCACUUUUUGCUCUCUGCAGGUCACGGACAGGCUGGUCUCCGAAGUUCUACACAGAGUGGACAAUGGCCACCACGUCUUGGUGAUCGGAGCUGCUCCGCUGUUCGAAGCUUUGAGACACAGACAUGUGGCAGUGGAUUUUGUGAAGUCUACUGCUCCUCAACAGCUUUUAUCUGUUCUUCAUGAUGGCGAUCCCCUUUACCAGCAGCAGUUGUUUGACUCCGUCCUUUGCAGUUUGCAGCAGUUGCCGAGCGGUGGCACCUUGGUGUUGCCCAUCCUGUCCUCUCUGACCCGUUUUACGGCUGGUGUUGUGUAUAUAUGUAUCAUUGCUUCCAGGUCAUUGGCUUUUCCUGUCCAACCAGUGAGCUUACCCCUGGCAGCAAUGCUGCACUCUUGUGUUGGGGGUACCGACCUCUGCCUUGUCUGGCCUACCAACACCUCCAGCAACUACUUACCAACCAGGUCUUGA